UCUCAAUAUAUUUUUGUCCCUCUUUCUAUUAGGCUGACUGCAAUCCAGUCAUAAGCCAUGAGCUUAUUUGAAAAGGUACCAAUCGGAUAAAUGCGACGUCUAAGCCACAAGGCAACAGUAUUUCCUCUUCCAUUCCAUAUUAACAUGGCACUCCGUAUACGCCGUAUAUGCCGUAUGUGGCCGUAGUAAAUCGGGAUCUGCAACGCGUCUGCCACUCUCGGCCCCGCCCGUAUUGCAUUUACGGCGUAUUCUUCCCUACAACAACAAUAAUUCUUGAUAAAUUCGGUUAGACGUAAAAGGUGUGGUAUUCAGCUGCUAAGCUUCGUUUUUAUGAUCAGAGGAUCAAAAGUAUGGUUCCGAUAUGAGUAAUAAGUCCCCAGGUAAGAAAUUUAAAUCACAAGGCAGAGGUACUUAUAUGACUCUUCCUGCCCGCCUAGAAACUCCUCGAUCGUCCAUUCUCGCGAUUCACCCUCACACUGAAUCUGUAUUUCUCAUUCAUCAAGUUGAUCAUGUCAUCUUUCAGGACCAUACUACAACUCUCCUUCUUUGCAUUAUCUCUUGCUCAAUUCCCUGGGAUCUCAAAGUUACAAUGGAGCCCUUGCAAUGAGACCGAAGUCCCUAGCGAAGUUCCCAUGGAAUGUAGCACUCUAUUGGUUCCACUGGAUUAUACUGAGCCUAACUCCAACCAAACACUUUUGCUUGACCUUGUGAAAGUUUCCGCACUAACUAAGCCAUCAAAGGGGAGUAUUCUCUUCAAUUUCGGCGGCCCGGGAGAAGGUGGACGUGCCUCACUGGGUAUAAAGACUCUAUCUGAAGAAUUGCUAGCGCUCACGGGUCGUCAAUAUGAUCUCAUUACGUUCGAUCCACGCGGCACGAGUGGCUCUAAGAUACCCAUGCAGUGCUUCGAAACUGAGUUCGAUGCUUGGUCUUAUCUGUUCUCCCAGGGACCCAGUAACCAGUCCGACGUGGAAUUGGCUAGGAACUGGGCUCAUGCAAACACGAUGGCUUCUACCUGUCUCAAGACACAGAACCAGACCGGUAGUCUUCUUAGCUCGGCAUUUGUGGCCAGAGAUAUGAUGCAGGUAGUUGACGCGCUGGGAGAAGACGGCUUGCUUCGAUACUGGGGAUUCUCAUACGGAAGCACACUAGGUGCCACUACCGCUGCCAUGUUUCCUGAUAAAGUUGAAAGGAUGAUUCUGGAUGGUGUUCAAAAUCCACACGAAUAUUAUCAUUCACAGAUCGUCUUAGAACAGUGGACCGACUCAGACAAGGCUUUCUCAGCUAUCUUCACCGGCUGCGUAGCCAAUCGAGAGAACUGCGCUCUAGGAAAAGGCAACAACAAGACAGCUGCUGAACUUGAGCAAGCCGUCUGGAACAUGCUUGAUACCGUUAAGUACCACCCGAUUCCACUCGGGUCCUUCAUAGUAGACUACAGCGCCUUGAAAACUCUCAUAGUGAAUGCUAUUUACAGCAGCGCAUUGUGGCCAGGGUUGGCGACAAUGCUCAAUGAUCUACUAACAGGGAACCUGAAUGAGCUCGCGCAAUUGAUUGAGGCAAUAUCACCUUCGACCACGCCUACUGUCUUUGAGCAACUCGCAACCCAACAAGCUCUCCUAGGUAUCCAGUGCGGUGACAACAUGGUCCGGACUGAUACGUUCGCGGACUUUGUCCCGUACACCGAACGCCUUGCGGAAACGAGUAGACUCCUGGGAGAUGUCCCGACUUACAUAUACAGUGCCUGUGCUCAGUGGAAGAUCGAGCCUAAGGAGAGGUACACAGGGGACUUCAACGUUAAGACCAAAAACCCGGUCUUGUUCAUCGGCAACAUAUUUGACGGUCUCACGCCCUUGGUCUCGGCAAAAAAUGUCAGCUCGACGUUUGAAGAUAGUGUCGUUCUAACCGUGAACGGAUGGGGUCAUUCAUCCUUGGCUGCCCCUUCAGCUUGCACCAUCCGGACGACUUCAGCAUAUUGGGCCGACGGUACCCUCCCCCCUGAAGGAAAGAUUUGCGAGUCCGAUGCUCCCUUAUACUCGGCAAUCACCUGGGCAGACGUGAUCGCACAAGUGUAUGGAAAUUCUACGACUUCUGCUAAGCGACACGCAGCAGUUCUAAGCAACUCGACGGAUGUUCUAGCCCCUUUUCUGGGACUGAGGGGAGUCUCCACCCUGCAUGGUCUCUGAGCUUCAACGAUUUCUCACAUUAUAAAUCUCAGCUCUUUGUAUUAUCUGUAGCUUCUUAUAAACGGUGCUGAUGACAGGCCAAUUUGUAAUUAUCAAAAGUUGUCACUGGACGUCCUAUUCCUUUCAGCAUUAUUCUGGUUCAUGUUGGUCUUAAGCAAGUCAUUUAGGUUGAACAUCAACAAGUCCAAAUUGAUCCAACCGGGUCUGAUGAUUCCUAAAAACAAGCCCCGGAUGACCGAUCAUAAGGAAGAAAACGGCAGAAAUGACCAGACUGCACACAUUAGCCGAUGCCACCCAUAACCAGGAUAUCAAGAAAGACUUACACGCCCUCCAGCCCAAUAAACAGCGGCUCGUCCGAAAUCAGCGUCCCGCUAUACCCCUCUCUGAGCUCCACCAGCCUAUACGCACACCUCGCCAAAAUCAGCACAAUCGCCAGCGCCAUGAAACCAAAAAACAGCCUCAGCCUCGUCCGAAACGUCAGACUAGAACCUGGUCGUCGCGCUCUGGACCGGAAGUACCGCGCGAGAUAGUCGGCGAAGAAGGCGCAGAAGAUGAGCAUGGCGGCGACCUGCAGGCUGAGGCCGACGAGGGCCAUGUCGACGCCGAUUUGGCUUGUGCCGGAUGAGGCGGUGGAGAGGGCGCCGCCCGCGGCUUGGAAGAUCAGGCAGAUGAUGUCGCUGGGGAUGAAGAUCCAGUAGAAGAGGUUGGGGGG